AUGGACUUCUUCUCCCAGAUCAACGUCGCGCUCCGCGGGCCGACCGGACAGCCGCAGUCCGCCGCCGACACCAUCGCCCGCCUCGCCGACCGCCUUUCCCCCUCCACCCUCCUUGCCGACCGCCGCGCAGCUGUCCUCGCGCUCAAGGGCCUCGCCCGCGACUGCAAAGCCGAUGUCGGCGAACGCGCACUCCUCGGCCUUCUCGAUGUGCUGCAGAACGAUGCGGAGGUCGACGCGGACAUCGGAAAGGCAGUACUCGAGACCCUCAUCUCGCUCUGCGAGGUCGACGAGAACGGCUCCGCGCAGUCCCGCGAGCUCGGGUACGCCUUCACUGACGCCGUGCUCUCGGACGAGAAGGUCCCGCCGAAACUCUUCGCGCUCAUGGCCGACCGGUCGUACUACAUCCGCCUCUCUGCACUCCAAUUCCUCGGACUCUUGCUCCAGAAUCGGAGGCAAACCGUGCAAGCGUACUUCCUCAAGACGCCAGUUGGAGUUACUAGCCUGAUUACGCUGCUGGAUGAGAAGCGAGAGAUUAUCCGAAAUGAGGCGAUGUACACCAUCCAAACCCUUAUCUCGCAAAGUCCCGAAAUCCAAAAGAUUAUGGCGUUCGAAGGCGCAUUUGAGAAGCUCUUCAACAUCGUCGUGAACGAGCAGGGCACGGAAGGCGGCGUGGUCGUCCAGGAUGCCCUCACGUGCGUGGACGGCCUACUACGCUUCAACCAGUCGAAUCAUAGCUACUUCCGCGGCUCAUCACUACCGCCUGCCCUCCUCUCCCUUGUCGGGUUCCCCGCAUCACUGCCGUUGGACCAACCGACACCACAGCAGUUUGCGCUACAACUCUGGGAUGUCCCGCAGAAGCCCACAAACGUCGACCUCGUAGUUGGUGUCAUCGGUCUCCUGGCGCGUCACGCAGGGCCUCCCGACGGGCUCACAAUGGCAUGCACGCGUUGUUUGGUCGAGCUGGGUCUGUGCUCUAACGCGCCGACGUCUAUCAAAACCCAUGCUCUCCGCCUAGUGCCAAAUAACCUGGCUUCGUUGCCUUUGGCUGAGAUGGCCGUGACACCGUAUAUGCCCGUGCCGGACACGAACGGCGAGGAAUGGGAUCGCCUGGAACCAUCAUCUGCCCUCGAUGCCCUUGUUGAGCUCGUGCUUCAGGGCGAGUACAACGGUAUCAUUGACGGGGAGCGGAGAACAAGGGACAACAUGGAGCUUCGGACUGCCUCGCUUACCGUGUUCCAGAACUUCGUGCAAAAAGAGGAAAUAUCAGAAGCCAUCGUUCGAGCGAUGGUAACGCCACCUGGCUCACAGGCACCAGUCACGCCUCUCUUGUACGCACUCACCACCGUCCCCGUAUCUCCGUUGACAAUCCCCUCGGUGACCACCACACACUUCGCCACACUCCUCUUCGCCCACCUCCUUCGCUACUCUUCGCCAGCCAAGGCCCUUGCCCGCUCUAUCGUCCCGCAGGCGUCCGCGGGAGGCGCGUCUGGUGGCACCUUCUUCGUCCCCGCUGAUGGCGGUUCCGCACCACCUCCCCCGCCAGACGACGAUGCGGACGAGCCACAGUCUGUUCUGCAAAUCCUGAGCGAGCACCUCUCGUUGGCGUUCCUCGCGCGGGCACGGACCGAUCUGCCUGAUCGGGAGGCAUUGGAAUGGGAUCGACUCUGUGUCGGGUAUUUGUGCCUGCUGAUCCAGUGGUUGUGGGAGGAUCCGCCGGCUGUGCGCGAGUUCUUGGAGGCAGGAGCCCUGGGCGCGCUUGUUGAGCCCAUCAACCAGACGGCAGAAGAGGACCACAUGAUUCCCGGUCUAUGUGCGCUCCUGCUUGGGGUGUGUUACGAGUUCAACCGCGAGCCCGGAGAAGUCACUAGGGCGACGAUCCACCCGAUCCUCAUGCGUCUCGGCAUUGACACGCUCGCAGGCCGCAUUGUCCGCCUGCGGGACGACGACCGCUUCAAGGCCGUCGGCCCCGACGUCGCUGUAGUGGCCUCCCCGACCGCGCCUGGCCACAAACACCCAAGCGGGGCCCCUCCAGCCUCUGCCGGGGUGGUAAAAGCUGACGCAGAAGAAGGCGAACUUUGGUUCGACUGGGCGUUCGUCGAUUUCUGGAAGUCGAACUACUACACGAUCCAGAAGGGCAUCGCCGUGGAGCCCAACGCGCUCUCGUCUGCUGCAGGACAAGAGAGCGGGAUGCUCAUCGCGUCCCUGCGCGACGUCAUCCGCGGCCAGAACGCAGAGAUCGAGAAGCUCCAGGGUCAGCUCAAGGCGCUUUCCGGCGCGUCUGCCGAGGUCGAAGCCCUCCGUACGCAAGUGGCGACGCUCACCACUCAGCUCAAGACGAGCGACGAGCGCAAGCGCGACGUCGAGAAGGAGCAGGAGGAUCUGCUUGUGCUCCUCGACGAGCUCAACAGCAAGCGGCGGAAGGACAAAGAGCGCAUGCGAGGCGCGGGGCUGGAGGUGUCCGAAGACGAGGCCGAGGAUGAUGACGAUGAUGAUGAAGACGAAGAUGAAGAAGAAGAGGAGUGA